GUUCAUUUAUUUACACAUAUACACACACAUAGCACUCAUCUACUCAUUGUUGUACUUGAAAGUACAAUGCAAUACAAUUCCGGGGCAAUGGCACCUAUCAAAUACACAGUAAUGAAAACACAGUUGUUCUACUAACUGUACUGUGUGUUAUGAGAGUAGAGUAUGUGUGUGUGUGUGUGUGUGUGUGUGUGGCCCUUUAAUAGGUGACAGCAUGUGAGGUGAGUGACGUCAGUGAGUGUGUGGGCGAGAGAAGAGAGGGAGCGGUAGAGUAAAUGCGGGGAGGGACUAGUUGGUUUUGCGUUGGAUUGGCUGUGUGCAAGCAAUCAAUAAAGCAAGAUUUGCAACUAAUCGCUGGACUCAUCAUUCACCCUAAAGUCGUCCGCUGUGGACACCCACUGCUGGGUAAAGUGAAGGGUGUUGCCUCGAGCAUACAUCAGGCCUGGAGAAGUGUCUCCCCUGCGCUCUUUGACUACGGUCUCGUUCUUCUGCUUCGUCUCCUUGUGUGCGCACACUGGAUUCAGGUCCGCAUGGAGCUGGAGGGGGGGUGGCCUCCAGCUCCGGCUGAAUUCCGGGAGAUUUUCGGGAGAAAAUUUAUUCCGGGAGGUUUUCGGGAGAGGCGCUGAAUUUCGGGAGUCUCCCGGAAAAUCCGGGAGGGUUGGCAAGUAUGGCAUUGUGGGUAAUGUUGCAGUAACCAAAAGAUUAAAUGUAGAUGUUAAAAAAACCUCUGCCGUGUUUUUAAUGAACACUUAGGUCUACUACGCUACAGUAUUUUAUUGUUGGUUAUUAUGGAGGUACUUGGCGAGCCUGGUGUUUUCUUAGGCGGUACUUGGCGAAAAAGUUGGUAAAGGAGCCAAAUAAAUGGCGUGAUUAAUCUGCAUAUAUCCAUGAUUAAUUCCAAAUUUGUUUGUGUUAACUCGUUAUUUUUGAAAGCCCUAGUUGCACACUAAUUUACUGUGUCACUUAUAACACAACGCUAACGUGGAUGUUUUGUUCAGCUAGCUUAUUGAUUUGAUCAUCUUUUAUGCACAAAAUGUAUCAAAGCAUCCUUCAAUUUUUUUGGAGCAUGGCCCUCGCCAGACAGAGUUCGGACACCCCUGCUUUUGUAUAUUUUACAUGAGGAAAAUGUCAGGGCCCAUCCAGAAACUGGUGGAUACACGGUAAUUUCAUGCCAUCUUGUGGGACAGCAUUCCAUUGUUCUGCCUGUCAAUAUACGUGUCUGGCCGAGAUUGACGAACAAAGAUACAAUUUUGUAUUGCAAUCAUCAUUUUCACACCAGUUAAGUUGCACUGCGGCACAGUGGUUGGCGAAUCACACAAGUCAAUGGUGGAGUGUAAUUCAAUACUUGGCCACCAGGACUCACGGUUUGUGAGUAGAGGCUCCACCUCGUCAGAUGUGGGUCAAAGGUCUUAAGUCAGACGAUAGUGACCACAGAUAUAGCUGGAUCUAAAAAAAAAAAAAAAAGGGGCCUACGUUGCGGCCAUUUAAGCAGGGGCCACCACCAUUUUAAGGCAGCGCAAUACAAUGCGUUUUAUACUGAAAAUAAAUCAUAAUUUGCUCAUUUUCCAGUCAGUUUCAUACGCUCUAGUUUAUUGUCAACGUAUAAACAUGUGCUGGUAAUACAUUACAUUUAAAAAAUAAAUCAAUCUUAUUCCUUCCGACGCUGACACUUUGCCUCUAUUAUUAUUAUUAUAUAGAUAUUUUGUCUACAAUAACUACUAUACAGUAUGGCGAUACAGGAUUAUACAGUAACCGAUAAACUGCCCUAUAAUACAUGUUUAUAAGGGGUGUAAAAAAAUCUAAUGAAUCGCGAUUAUUGCUACUAACAAUUCAAAAAAAUCGAUUUAAAUUUUUCUAAACAAAUGUUUGUGAAGUUUCCCUCUUGUGGGUCCUCCUGACUGUAAAAGAUCUUCUCGUGAGCCCGGUAGUCUGGUGUAACAAUGUCUUUUAUUUGUGCGCACACGCGCCAACACAGCACACUGUUUCUUGCAACGUUCCAGUCCUUCUGCUGCUCUCCUUCUUGCGGCGUGGUCUCGGGCACAUACGGGUAGUGUCUGUCUGCAACUCCAACUCCAACCACGUGUCUCGGUCCGGCUGCUGCUAAUAAAGGCGACAGGUGUUUAGAUAACCAGCCCCAGCUGGGCAAUCUACUCACCUGCUACUGGCUUCGAGGCUGGUCCUUACACACCCCGCUCCGGGGUGUGUAAGUAAUUCUGCCCUGUCAAGCCACUCAGGGAAAUCAUAAAUCAUAUUGUUGAUGUAGAUGAACAUAACUGCUGUAUAGAUUUACGUGUUGGAUACUUCUCUUUUUGCCUUAUUUGUAUUUGACUUUAUUAAAUGUUUUGGUAGCAUUUUAUCAAACAGUACCAGUUUUCUUUUAAGUAAUAUAGAAAUUAAUCAGAGCUGUUUAUCUAUUUUAUGGAGGAAUAUAACUAAUCAUAGAACCGGGAAUGUUAUUAUAAAAGUAAUGAUUUUGAAUCCAGAAUCGAACAAUACCCGCACGAAUCAAAUCGUCUGGUGCCCAAAGAUUCACAGCCCUAAUGUUUAUAUCCGGUAGGGGUUCACAUAAAAAUCAAUUCACAUCCGAAUGCUGAUUCUUAUUCACACCGAUUUAAAUCUAUUAAAUAAAUAUUUGUUUUAUUUUCUUUAAGAAUACAUUUUUUUAAAUACCUUUUUAGGCCAUUUAAAUGCAACCAGACAGAGUUUUUCUAACCUAUAACCUGUUUUGAAAACAUUUCAUUAGAAUUAUUAUACCAAAUGAUACAUUGCGAGGAUAGUGUUGAAUCGAAUUGUCACCCCAGAAAUCGGAAUCGGAAUCUAAUCGCUAGAUGCCCAAAGACUCACACCCCUAAUAUCCGGUUAAACCGACUCAGUGGCCUUCAAACCCCGGCCGAGUCAUAACAAAGACUAUAAAAAUGGGACCCAUUAUCUCCCUGCUUGACACUCAGCAUCAAGGGUUGGAAUUGGGUGUUAAAUCACCAAAAUGAUUCCCGAGCGCGGCCACCGCUGCUGCUCACUGCUCCUCUCACCUGCCAGGAGGUGGAACAAAUGCAGAGGGUAAUUUCACCACACCUAGUGUGUGUGUGACUAUCAGUGGUACUUUAACGAAAGAAACAAGGCAUAUUUUACAGUGUUAUGCAGUGUUUUUCUUUUCAUAUUCUGAAUGGGUUGUAAGUUUGUCAUUUCACUUUUAAGGCUAUUUAAAUUGAACAAAAGCCACCCUGAGGAAGUAGUAAAGUACAAAUAAAUCAGAGGCAGACACCUGAAUAUUUACCCAAGUAUGUGAUAGUAGUAUAGACUUAUAGACUUAGACUUAGACUUCCUUUUUAUUGUCAUUCAAAUUUGAACCUUACAGUACAGAUAAGAACGAAAUUUCGUUACAUAAGCUCAUGGUAGUGCAGGAUAAAAAAGCAAUAAGGUGCAUAUAUAAAUAAAUAUAUAUAAAAUAAAUAAAUAUAUAUAAAUGAAUAAAUAGAUUACUGUACAGAUAAAUAUAUUGCACUUUUUCACAUGCGUCCACGUUUAUGGAUGUAUGUUAUAUUGUCUUUUUUAUUCCAGCGAGUUACCGGUAAUCCAUUUUGGGGGGAGUUGAGGGGAUAAUUUAAUUAUGAUGCGUUCAAGAGUCUUACGGCUUGAGGGAAGAAGCUGUUACAGAACCUGGAGGUUCUGCUUCGGAGGCUGCGGAGCCUACUAUAUACUGUAUAUAGUAGUGCAGUUUAAACAUAAUGUAUGAAAAAAGCAGUACUUUGCUAAAUUGGUAUUUAAUCCAACCAGUAGAGGUCAGUGUUUACUGUAGGACUCCUCAGUCCGAUGAUCUGAGACAGUGGUCUGUGCUCUGUUUUGAACCUGGUUUCAUAGGUCAAAGUAUAGCCUCAGGAAAGUCGUAUGAGUCAAAGCUACAAUGUGCAAACUACAACAAGAUGAUAGCAAUACAUAUUCUAUAAACAAAAACUCUUCCACUGAAUAGGUUUUUUUUCUGCAGGUGUCUCUGCCCCGGACACUGCUCGUCUUUCUGCUGUGUGUCGUCUGCGCUCUCUGCCAGGAGGAGGAUUAUUCUGGAAACCACUCGGGUCAGAGCUGAUGUACUAUGCGGUCGUUCGUGGCCUCGCUUCACCUUUUUAUGAUUUAUUGUCAGCCGUCACGCUUGCUUGCGGAGAGUUGGGGAAUCUUUCCCCUAAAACACUUGUCACAUUGUUUCCCGUGGUGUCUUUGCGCAGGUGAGGAUCACACCUUUGAAGGCUCUGUCCUCGACCCCUAUGACCACUUGAGGCCCCACCAACCUGAGUCUAACAGCUAUGACGAGGACCAGCGUCCCGAGGAGGAUGACUACGACCCCUACGGACCCGCCCCCACCCACGUCACUAUGAUCACCGAGGACGCCUACCCUUACGUCACCACCACCGAGUCCCACUACGCCAAGGAGGACAAGCUGGGCCGAAGGAAGGUACCAUUCAGGCCCCAAGGACCCGAGACAGGGUCGUCUGAAGAGUCGGGGGGUGACGCGGCCCUCGGUGAGGAGGGGCCUACUGAAUGUGACUGUGAACCUGGAGAGCCUGGAUUUGCUGGCUUUGCUGGACCAAAGGGCUCUCGAGGCCUGCAUGGCAAAACAGGAGCGCCAGGACACCAAGGCAGAGAGGGCUACAAAGGAACUAAAGGAGUGCAGGGGAGAAGAGGAAGCGGCGGACCAGUGGGUGAUCCUGGACCUGAAGGUGAAGAAGGAGGUUCUGGUUUCUCUGGCGCCAUGGGAGAACCGGGACUUUUAGGAGCCCUGGGUGAGGGUGGAGAGCCGGGUCUAAAGGGUGACAUCGGCAUGGAGGGUCCUCGCGGAGGCGUUGGAGGUCGUGCUAACCCUGGCUCCGUCGGUGAUCCCGGCACCCCAGGAUCAAGAGGAGGUAAAGGUAUCAAGGGGUCCUCUGGAGAGGAGGGCAAAGUGGGCACUCAAGGACCAGAUGGCGGAAAGGGCCAGACUGGAGCGCCUGGGUUCCCAGGAGACGUUGGCGAUAGAGGCUACAAUGGAUACCCUGGACAGACGGGAGACCACGGACCCUUUGGACCAAAGGGCAGCAGAGGUUUAGGUGGCACUCCAGGCAGUGAUGGCGACCCCGGAGAAGACGGACCCAUCGGUGUCCCGGGACUGAUGGGAGAGCCAGGUUUCUUUGGUCCCAAGGGCAGCAAAGGAGACCGUGGCGUGAAAGGACCUCGAGGCAGAGUGGGCUCUGUGGGACCUGGAGGAGAGCAAGGAGAUGCUGGAAUACCCGGCAAGCCAGGACCAACUGGCUUGCAGGGCCCCAUUGGCGCCAAAGGUGAGACUGGACCAGAUGGUGAUUCGGGCGCAAAGGGAAGGAAAGGCAUAAAAGGCCAGAAAGCACAGAAGGGCGCCACGGGCGACCGCGGAGACAAAGGCCAGCGGGGAACAAAAGGUGCAUCCGGACGUACCGGAGACGCUGGCCCAGUGGGUCCGCCGGGCAUCCCGGGGACCCGGGGAACCCGCGGCCCAUUGGGAGACCCCGGUGUCAAAGGUCAAGCUGGACCCAAAGGAGCGCAAGGUCUCACCGGUCCCGGUCUGACCGACGAGCAGGUCCUGCAGCUCUGUCGAGGCGUGGUCACGUCCCAGAUCUCGCAGUACGCCUCGUCCAUCCGGGCCAAGUGCUCACAAGGCUGCCCCGUCAACAACCGAACGCUCAUCGGGCCCCCGGGCGCCAAAGGCCCCUCGGGACCACCCGGCAAAACGGGUAAAGCGGGGAAAGCUGGAUCCAAAGGGGGCCGAGGUGUUCAGGGAGACCGAGGCCUGGAGGGAGACAAAGGAGCGCAGGGUGAAGGAGGCAAAAAAGGAGCUAAAGGUGUUGGCGGCGACGUGGGAAAAGGCUUCCCAGGACUUGAUGGACCACAAGGGGCCACCGGUUUUCCGGGCGAGCCCGGAGUGGCCAAAAACGGCAUGGAAGGUCCACGCGGUCCACGUGGCUUCCCAGGUGCCAUCGGUGUUACCGGCAUGCUCGGAAACGCCGGCGUUCCUGGUUUCUGCGAGGCUCGGGACUGCAGCAUCCACGCGCCGGUGAUGCGCAAAGAGCAGGGCCUGGUCAAAGGACCCAGGAGCUCCCACAUUUGAACACCGGUGGACGAGAGGGCCGCACGGCCCCCCAGGUCAAAGUUCAUCUUUUGGAACGUUGCAGCUAAACAGGCAGAUGAAGAAAGGGAAAAAAAAAUCUUUUUUUUUUUCAUUCGAACUACAUUAUUUAAGCUUUACUGUUGAAAAUGUCAGUGGGCAAAGUACAGUCCCUAACGGGCGCGCUGAACAAGCAGGAAGACUUUUACUUUGAGAGGUUGGCUAAAAAUCCAAACAAUAGAAGAAUGCUAGCAGGAACAUCCAUUUCAAGUCCACAUAAGUAACAAAUACUGUGUAAAUAUGAUGUAAAGUAUCUCAAAUACAUGUACUACUGUGAUCUGAAAUGUCUCAGAUAAACUGCCUGAUGUUGUUUUUUUCACCCGACUCCUCACUUUGUUGUCCUUUUAUUAGGAACCUCUGAAAGAACAACUUCGUUCUUUUUGGGUCACGUGAUACAUGAGAAUUAGAAAUGUCCGAUAAUGGCUUUUUUGCCGAUAUCCGAUAUUG